AUGGCAAUUAUGAAGAACAACACUAGGGCUUCGAGAUUAGAUGGUGAUGUCUUGGCGCCAAUUGGAGAUGGUGUUUCCAGUCAGGACGACGACGACGAACUCCAGUCUCACAGGCCGGAAUCAGAAUCAGAAAAUACCGAAGGAUCGGAGGUGGAUUCUGGCAUGGGAUCCGAUGACUAUGACGUGUCCGAGCUCGGAGAGGCCGGUUCUGAGUAUUGCCAGGUCGGGAGCCAGAAUUUCCUUGUCCCAUUGGAAUUGUAUGAUCUUCCAGAUCUCAGUUCAAUCCUGUCCCUGGAUACAUGGAACAACUGCCUCACGGAGGACGAGCGGUUCUCCCUGGCGGAGUACCUCCCUGAUAUGGACCAGGAGACCUACUCUCAGACGAUUAGGGAGCUUCUCUCCGGGAGCAACUUCCAUUUUAGCAGCCCUUUAUCUGAGCUAUUCAGCCGGAUGAAGGGUGGAUUGUGUGAACCCAGGGUUGAUCUCCAUCGUCGGUGCUUGAACUUUUUCCAAAGGAGCGAGCACUACCAUCAGCUGCAAAAGUAUCAGAAUUCUAUGGUUGAUAGUCUCGUCCGAAUGAGGAAUGCAUGGGAAAAUUACACAGGCUAUGGCAUCGAGGAGAGGCUUCGUCUGCUGAACAUACUCAGGAGUCAGAGGCCUAUGGGCCACUCGAAGAAUCUCAACAGGGACUCGGCCACUGACUCAGAGAAUGAUCUCUACCCUAUCGGCCACUGGAACAAGAAGAGUCGGCACUCUAUGCAGCUGCUGAAGUCUACCGGAAGUGGUAUGGCCCUGGAAGCGACCAAGCCUCAAUCCUUCACCCGCCGUUUGGGCGCAAAACACAGGCCUUCAGCUUCGCCAUUCGUCGUUCCCAGGAGGGACACUGCAGGGUUUGACUCUGGAGCUUCCCGAAGGGGGAGGACCCAGAAGAACUAUGUUGAUGAUGAUCAUGCAGAAGAACAGUUGCUCGAAAUACCCGUGCAGAAGAGGAGUAGAGGUUCCCAGAAGCUGGGGAAGGAGGCGAUCUCCCUUGGAAGGCACAAGAAGGGCGCCCGGCAUCCAGUUUAUGAUGAAUCUCUGGACGCACUGCCUCCUUAUGAACAGCGUUAUUGGGAUUCUCCAGACAAGGGCACACACGGCUAUCUUCAGAGGUCAAUGCCGCGAGGGGAUCGGCCUACCCAGUUGGCAGGAAGGGAGUCCUCUCUUGAAAGUCAACCCCAAGCUGAAGCCUUGAGCGUGGAACAUGACCUGAGAGGUAAAACCAAGAAUCGGAGGGGAGAAGGUGGUCCCAAAAUCAAGGCACGUAGGCCUCUCCUCUCACAUAUGGAUGAACAAUAUGCUCUCUCUGGUGACAGAGCAGAAACUCCGGCGAGGGCAGUAAAAAAAUUAUCUGAAGAACCAGGAUCUGAUUCAUCGAAGCUGGGCGAGGAUGAUGUGUAUCUGAAUCCUGUGAAGAAGAAGAAAUCAAGACGUCCGGGUGGCCUUCUGGUAAAUGGUGAGUCAAAAGCUGCGGAAGUCACAUCCAGGGGCAGUAAGAUCAAAAGGAAUGUGAAGAAGAACAGGGGGAAGCAGAGCCCAUAUCUGGAUCAAGCUGCUGCAACAAUCGUGCCCGACACAGAUGCGCCAUUAAAUGGGAAAUAUAGCAAUAAUCUGGACGGAGCUGCAGAGAACUUGCCCGCAUCGGGCAAGCUUUCGGGUGAUCCGCCAGAUGGUCGCAAGCUGACCAAGAGGAGGAAGUUGCUGGGCGGCCGUGGAGAUGGACUUGGACUGGCAAUAAUACCAGAUAUGCUCUCUGUGGAGCCAGAAGGGAAGACGACUAUGGUGGGUUCUCACUACUCUGUCUCUGAGGAAAACCUUGGCCUUGUUCACCAUGAAGAUGGGCUUGCGGAUGAGGGACUGGCUGAUGGAGGCCUCAGGUCAACGGAUGUUGGGCAAAUUCAGGAAAACAAUGCAGAUGAAAGCAUCGGGCCCGGGCUCGAUUACAACGGGAAGUCAAACGUGACCCUCGCAGGAUGCAACUCAGCGACGAAGAGGAGGAGGAGGAGGGCCGGUGAUGAUGGUCACACUAAUCCGCCAGAAGAAGCUGCCAAGGGAGAUGCAAAUGAUGAUCCCGGCCGGAAGAAGAAGAAGAGGAAGAGGAGAGCCGUGUCUGCAGCUGGUUCUCUGUCUCUGGCAUCACCUGGAGCAGCGGGAGCCGUCAUGGCGGAGGAAGACCCGUUGCAGGCAGAGCCAGAACCGUCUCCCGUGAAGAAGCCAUUCACCCUAAUCACUCCCUCUGUACACACCGGGUUCUCCUUCUCCGUCGUGCAUCUCCUCUCUGCCAUUCGCAAGGCCAUGAUCAGCACCAGCGCAGAGGACAUGGACGAGGACGAGCCCAAGAACCUGCCUUCCCUCACCGUCCAGGAGAUCGUCAACCGAGUUAGAACAAACCCAGGCGACCCCUGCAUUCUCGAAACCCAGGAGCCUCUGCAAGAUCUCGUCAGAGGCGUCCUCAAGAUCCUCUCCUCCAAGACGGCGCCUCUGGGAGCAAAAGCCUGGAAGCCCCUCGUCUUCUACGAGAAACCCACCAAGAGCUGGUCCUGGAUCGGCCCCCCCGCCGCCGCCGCCGCCGCCGCCGCAGAGGAGGAGACCUCCUCAGAAGCGUGGGGGAUCCCUCACAAGAUGCUGGUCAAGUUGGUGGACGCGUUCGCCAAUUGGCUCAAGAGCGGACAGGAGACGCUCAAGCAGAUCGGAAGCCUACCAGCGCCGCCGGCCCUGCCGCCACCGAAUUUGGACGAGAAGGAGAGGUUCAAAGACCUCCGAGCCCAGAAGAGCCUCGUCACCAUCAGCCCCAGCUCCGACGAGGCGAGGGCCUACUUCCGGCAAGAGGAGCUCCUCCGCUACUCCGUCCCCGACAGAGCCUUCUCCUACACCGCCGCCGACGGCCGGAAAUCCACCGUCGCGCCGCUGAGGAGGGGCGGCGGAAAACCCACCUCCAAAGCCAGGGACCACUUCAUGCUGAAGCAGGACCGGCCGCCGCACGUCACCAUCCUCUGCCUGGUUCGCGACGCCGCCGCCAGGCUCCCCGGCAGCAUCGGCACGAGGGCCGACGUCUCCACGCUGAUGAGGGACUCGCAGUUCCUCGUGGAGGACGUCCCCGACGGGAAGAUCAACUCCGUCGUCAGCGGCGCCCUCGACCGGCUGCACUACGAGCAGGACCCCUGCGUGCAGUACGACGGCGAGAGGAAGCUCUGGGUGUAUCUCCACAGGGACAGGGAGGAGGAGGACUUUGAAGACGACGCCACCGCGUCCAAGAAGAAGUGGAAGCGGCCCAGGAGAGGAGACCAUGGCGCUGCCGCCGCCGCCGGGUUCGACGAGUUCUCGCCGCCGCCGCCGCUGUUCCAGGACGAGAUGGGGGACAACAUGGAGGAGAGCCUGGCGCCGCUGAUAGAGUCGAUCGAGAAGGGCGUCGCCGCCGCCGGUGAGGGGCACCCGAUGGGGUGGGAGGUGCUCGGGGUGGGGCCUGCGGCGGCGGAGGAGAGGAUGGUGUGCAGGGAGAACUCUACCAACGAGGACUUUGAGGACGAGGGGUUUGGUGCUGCCAGGGAGAGGCCCGCUGGUCUCGUCAGCACGAGUCUUUUGUUCUGA